AUGCUGAAGGAUAAGAAAGGAAUCAUAGAUUUCAUCAAGUUUUUAGUUCUCAUCACCAGCAUAGAUAGUAAAUUUAUUUAAAGUGGAUCAAAUGGAUUGAAUAUAUUAGUAGGAAUGAAGGCUGAUAUUAAGAACCUAUCCUUUGAGAAUAUCAGGAUUAAGAAUACAUCGUUAAUUGGUGGUAACUUUUUUAAUAAUGUAGAUAUAAGUGGAUUGAAUUUGAAUGGUGUUUAGAUGUUCGAUUGUAAAUGGAAAAACUUUAAAGUCCAUGAAUUGAAUAAAUUAGAUGUUUAUACUGGAACUGUCUACUCAGUCUGUUUCUCUCCUGAUGGAAAUACAUUAGCUUUUGGUAGUGGUGAUAACUCCAUCCUUCUAUAAGAAUGA